AUGGGAUUCAACUUUUCCUUUCUGUGUGAUCUGCUCUCCAGCCUGGAACACAACACAAUCGUCAAAGCGUCAACUGCAGCCAAAACCACCGAUCCGGAUACUCGGACCUUCGCUCAAUGGUUUGCCCGGCAUGAACGGCACAUCCAUCACGCUGAUACAGACAGGCUCGCCCUGCUGUCAUGCAUGUUCCCCGAGAAACGAACCGAUCGUGUCUAUUGGCUGCAGGCCACGUCACUGGCACGAGUGAUCGGACGCUGUCUAUGCCUGGGGUCGUCUCGGUUCUCAGAGCUGGAUCGCUGGCGCACACCAGGUCCAGAUCUCGGGCAGUGCGUAGAGGAUAUCAUGCGACAAGCCGAGAAUCACAUACCCGCAGGCCAAGAGAUCUUGGUGGAGGACAUCGAUCAUGCCCUGACCAUGAUCGCGUCUCGAUGUCGCUUCUCCGGUCCCCGUGUUCGCCGCCAGCAUACCGCUGUUGACGUGGAAGAGACACUUGCACCCCUGUACCGUCGACUGAGAAGCCGGGACGCUAAAUGGCUCACCCGCAUGAUUCUGAAGAGUUAUUCUCCUGUCGUUUUACCGCAACCGUAUACCCUGAAACAAUUCCACUUCCUGCUGCCUCAUCUCCUUCAAUUUCAAGAUUCCUUCGAGGGGGCAUUGGAUAUGCUCGUCUCUGAGCCUAUGAAUCACUUUCCGCCCCAUCCAGACCCGAAACUAGCUGCGAAUUUGAGUGCCAUCGCUCUGGAUUACUUGCGUCCGCGGACGGGUAUUAAAAUUGGGCGGCCCGAAUACUUCAAGGCUCGAAGUGUCAAGCACUGUUAUCAGAUGGCCAAGGGCCGCCGCAUGAGCAUCGAAAGAAAAUACGAUGGCGAGUAUUGCCAGGUGCAUGUUGAUCUCAGCAACAGGAAUACCCCCAUACAAAUCUUUUCCAAGAGCGGCAAGGAUUCCACUGCAGACAGAUUGGGUAUUAUCCCAGUGGUGGAGGAAUCGCUCCAAAUUCGAAGCCCCCAAUGCAAGUUCAUGCGCCGCUGCAUUGUUGAGGGGGAACUGCUCGUGUGGAGCGACAAGCAUAGCAAAGUGGCAGAUUUCCAUAAACUUCGCAAGUUUCUUCCUCGCUCUGGAACCUUCAUUGGCAUUGAGAACGAUUCUCCUCCCCAACCAUAUGAGCACUUGAUGAUCGUCCUCUUCGAUAUCCUUCUCUUAGAUGAUGAUGUCUGUCUGAAAAAGCCACAUCGACAAAGACGACUGCUAUUACAAGAUACAGUGCAUCCAAUUCCUGGCCAGGCUGCCAUCGCUGAACAAGAGAUUCUGGACUUCACUCUACCAAACAGCCAACACCGAUUAGAAGUCAGUUUUGCCAGGGCCAUCGCUCAGCGAUGGGAAGGCUAUGUUCUUAAGGGCUGUGACGAGCCCUAUUUUCCCAUAUAUUCCCCUGGAGUAGACAAUGCCUUUGGCCGAUGGAUCAAACUGAAAAAGGACUAUAUCCCGGGACUUGGAGACACAGUGGACCUUGCCUUGAUUGGGGCAAGCUACGAUUCACAAGAUGCGACCGCUCUAUCGCAGGUCAGAAAAGUGCUUUGGACGCAUUACUUCGUCGGUUGUCUUCUUAACAAAGAACAAGUGGUGCAAUUCGAGGCCACGCCUCGCUUCCGAGUGGUGGAUGUCAUUAACCGGCCUUGCAUGAACACACGCAUUUUACAAGCCCUCAAUCAAUUCGGAGAAUUUAAUGCCUGCGGUCCUGAGACUUGUGGGUUCAACGUGGAAUACGGACACGAGCGCCUUUCUCAUGCAACUGUUCUCUUCAAAAAGCCGUUUGUUGUGGAAAUGCUUGGUAGUGGAUUCGAAAAGCCAUCUGGUGCAAGGUACUUCACCCUCCGGUUUCCCCGUAUUGUGAAGGUCCACACGGACAGGACUUUCAAGGAUGCCGCGUCUCUCCGUGAACUACAGCUUCUCGCGGAAAAUGCUCGCGAUGUGCCCGUGGAAGACCUUUCCCAGGAACGGGCUCAGUGGACUAAACGUCUCAAAGUUGGGAAUGGGGUGAAUCAUUAUAUUGUGAGAUCACAAAGUCCAUCAUCCACGUGCUACUCCAGUGAAAAGUCAGACUUGGAGUCUUCGUCGUCGCGGGCUUCGGCUGCCUCGAUCAAUGACAUCAAUGACUGUGACCAUCAUGUCUUGGCCGAGAACGACAACUUGACAUCGCACAGAUGCAGACAGAAAGAAUCCAGAAUUGGGUCCCACAAUUCUGAGAAAGCACGUGGGCCUCAACCGACCAAGCUCCCUGCGAAAAUAGGGCCAUCGAGCUUAUCGAGUUCUAUGCGAGCAACGAGUCUCAUCUCGAUGCACCAAGGGCACCCUCUGGAGCCGUCCAAACAGGAGAGUCACGCAGUAUCGGAAUUGGCGACGCAGAGAAAAUCACUUUGCUCUCCAAGACCAAUUUCUAUAUACACACCUAAGACUUCCCCGGGCGAUGAAAAUGUUUCAAGUUUGUAUGAGUUUCUUCGGAGUUUAGAGUCUGGCACAGAGACCAUAUUCCAGGAUACAAGUCUUGGUAUAAUCAUUAUUGAUCCUCAGAAAACGGCCCUCGGGCCAGAAAUCAACAAGAUCGGGGUUGUUCUCGCUUCAGCCCUUGACGGCAACGCAUCCUUUCUCCACCCCAAGGGGAAAAUAUUCUUUUUGGAUACAAGAUUGUUGGGUCGAGAAAUACGCGCUGCUCAUUGUCAGCGUUCUUUCCUCGAGACUUGGUCAAUUAUUGGGCUUGAAUACUUUUACGCCUGUCUGAUCUGGAACUUGGUAACGCCCUUGAAUGCCACGUCGGGGCCGCAUCGUGGGUCUCAGACCCACAUCGACAUGGGGCAUGCGGGCUUUGAUCGACAGAGACCCUCCGGUAUCAGGAUCAGCUUCGACAAAACAGAUUUCACUUGGUUGUGCGAGCAUACUGUGAUUGAGCCAGCUUAA